GCAGAAUGAAUAGUACGAGCGUUUGUGGUUUAUUGUAACGAUUGUUGCAAAGUUUUGUGUUAAAACUGAAAAUUGUUAGUGAAAUGGCAUCACUUCCGCGGAGAAUUAAGGUGGAAACGAGGGAAUUGGCGCGGGAUCCUCCGCCGGGUAUAAGCGCUAUCCCAGACGGCGAAAACUGCCGUUAUUUUCAAGUUGUAAUGGCCGGACCUGCCGGCUCACCUUACGAGGGCGGUUUGUUUAAGUUGGAGCUGUUUUUGCCAGAAAAUUACCCGCUGUCGCCGCCGAGUGUGAGGUUUUUGACGAAAAUUUUCCACCCAAACAUCGACAAGCUGGGCAGGAUUUGUUUGGAUAUUUUGAAGAAUCAAUGGUCGCCGGCUUUACAAGUUAGGACAGUUCUGUUGUCCAUACAGGCUUUGUUGAGCAGCCCAAAUCCCGACGAUCCGUUAGCGAAUGAUGUGGCGAACCUUUGGAAAAGUCGCGAACAAGAAGCUGUCCUGCUAGCCAAGGAGUGGACAAGAAUAUAUGCCAUGGAGUAAGCCACUUGUUUUUUCUGCUCUUAAUAAAGUUAAACAUGGCAAAAGAUCUUUCGUUUUGUUUUGUCCUAGUUGGUUUUAACGUCGCGACGUG